AUGGUCGGGCAAAAGGUAGCCCCACCGCAUGCACCGAACAUGGCUGCAGCAAAAGAGGCUUUGAGUCGCGGAUCGGACACCACCCACGUUGCGGAUAUCGCCCACGCCGGGCGUGGCGGUCAGGCCGCCAGCCAGUUUCUUAAACAUGGCACAAAUGAAGCCCCCAUGGCCCGCCUGCUCUCCACUCCUGGGCCAAACAGGGCAACCAGUAUCGCCCCAAGACAAACGAUGCAGAGAAACGCAAGCGCAGCACCGGGGCGACGGCCCAACCACAGGAAGCUGGUUCUCUGUUUUGAUGGCACGGGAAACAAGUUCCAUGGGAACGACAGUGACUCCAACAUUCUGAAGAUAUUCAGAAUGCUGGACAGGGAGGCCGAUGAUCAAUAUCAUUACUACCAGCCCGGGAUUGGCACCUAUGUCGUCUCCAAGUCCCUUUCGCACACCUCACGACGGUCACGCCUCGGGUCGUGGUUCAAAAAGGCCAAGGACAGCGCAGUGGGUUCCUCGUUCGACCAGCACGUCGUCGGCGGGUACCGGUUCCUGAUGCGCUUCUACUCGCCGGGAGAUGAGAUCUACAUCUUCGGCUUCAGCCGCGGUGCGUACAUCGCGCGGUUCCUGGCCGAGAUGCUGGACUACGUCGGCCUGCUGUCGCACGGCAACGAGGAGAUGGUGGCGUUCGCGUGGAAGGCAUUCUCGCAGUGGCAGUGCCGCCGCACGACCAGCGAGGGCGACGCCGAGGGUAUGAAGAAGAAGGCGGAGAUGUACGAGUUCAUGAAGGGCUUCCGCGAAACCUUCAGCCGCCCAGUGCGGAGGAUCCGGUUCCUGGGGCUGUUUGACACGGUCAACUCUGUGCCGAGGUUCGAGGCGGCGUGGAUGGAGAGGAGCAAAUUCCCCUACACGGCGCGUAGCUCAGCCAAGGUGAUCCGCCAUGCCGUCAGUAUCGACGAGCGAAGAGCAAAGUUCCGCCAGGACCUGAUGUACCAGACGCAAACGACCAAGAAGCACCACAGUAUGAAGAACAAGGUGGCGCACACCACAAUCGAGAAGUAUCGCCGUCGAUCCAAGCCGACCCUGGAUGAGAAGGAGGGCAUUGCAGUCGAAAGAGAAGAUCGCGGGCGCCGGCCAUCGUACUUUGACCAGCUCGAAGUGCCAGGGCAGGGUGAGUUGGGACAGCCGACGCCGUACCGAGGGCAUUCUCGCUCAAAGUCUCGAUCGAAGCACAGCGCGGUCGGUGACGGUGCAUCCAUGCUGUCGCAGAUUAGCCCCGGCGCUGACUGGGAGGAUCUGGAAUCGGAAGACGAGACGGAGCAGGAUGUUGACGAGGUAUGGUUUGCUGGUGGCCACGGCGAUGUCGGCGGGGGUUGGCAGGUCGAGCCGGGCACCAAGAGCACCAGCCAUGUUCCCCUUGUGUGGGUGGUUCGUGAAGCCAUGAAGGCCGGGCUGCGGUUUGACCCCGAGAAGGUUGCUGCUCUGGGGUGUGCUGACGUCCUGGACUGCGAGCCUGCGCCUCACGACCAGCACACCGUGGUGCCAGAUAUCCGCGUCGACCCCUCCAGCCCCCCAACCUCGCCAGUUCUAGAUGUCGAAGCCACAAAGAUACCUUCGAGCAACGGCUCCAGCCACACCGCUAUCGACCAUGAGCCCCGGAAGAACCCAUUCCAUGAGUUGAUGCAGAGGGCCCAUGUGGCUCGUACCCACGAUUCGCUCAGCCAUGACUGCGGCAUGAGCUACGUAUCAGUGUUGGCCUGGAAAAUGAUGGAGUACGUACCCUUCCGCCGGAUGGAUCUCCAGCCAGAUGGCACUUGGAAGCCAAUUCGCUGGCCCCUGCCCGGGGGAGAGGUUCGCGACAUCCCCGACGAUGUCAAGGUGCAUGGGAGCGUCAUUCGGAGGAUGAGGGCAGACAAGAAUUACCGCCCAGGGAAUCUCAUCGUCGGGGGCGGUGGGAGAGGGUGCAGGAUCGCACCGGAUGAAUACGGAAUUGGUCAGUGGGAGUGUAUUGCCAAUCCAGGCUGCCCGGUCGGGGAGAUCUGGAGGAGGGUCCCGCGUGAGGACUCUGAUACAUGUUGA